UUCAUUUCUCUGCAACUAAAGAAAAAAAGUGAUUUUUUUUUUUCUAGUGAGGUGCUAUAUUAGUUUUUGAAAUGUGUCUGUAGUGGGGAAGAGGGCUUCGCCAAUAGGGAUUUCGUUAAAAAAAUUUGAAAGUUGUUGAAAGUUUGUUCUUGGAUUCAAGAUAGAGAAAUGGAGGAAUGGUGAGGAUGGCUGUAAGGUAUAGAGGAAGGAAAUCGCUAAACCACUAGGUCAUGCAGUUCUACCUUUAAACAAUAUUCAUCUUUCUUUCACAAAAGAAGAGCGAAGAAAUCAUUUUCUCAUUCUUUUCCUGCCAACGAUAUGGCCAUUGUUGCUUCUUCUUCUUCUUCUUUCAUUAUCAACAAUGAAGUCUUUAUCAGUUUCAGAGGGGACACUCGUAAAAACUUUACUAGUCAUCUUUACUCUGUUUUACGCGGUAAACACAUUCGAACCUACAGAGAUGAUCCAGAUCUCGAGAGAGGAGAUGAAAUUUCGCCUGCACUUUCGAGAGCAAUUGAGGAAUCAAUGAUUUCAAUAGUCGUCUUCUCGAAAGAGUAUGCUUCUUCUAGAUGGUGCUUGGAUGAGCUCGUGUACAUUCUCAAAUGCAAGAAUGAAAGAAGUCAGAUCGUUUUACCCGUCUUUUACAACAUCGAUCCAUCGGAUAUUAGGAAACAGAAGGGGAGUUAUGCUAUUGCCUUUGCCGCACACGAAGAACGUUUUGAGCUGGAAAAAGUGAAGGAGUGGAGAGAUGCUCUGACUGCUGCAGCUGAUCUAUCUGGCUUUCACGUACAAGAUCAGUAUGAGUCAGAAUUAAUUGAGAAGAUUGUGGAAGAUGUAUUGAGAAAAUUAAAUCGUUUGCCACAAAUUGCUAUGGAGACUAAGGGUCUUUUUGGAAUAGAUGAACGCCUUGAGGAAAUUGAAUCAUUGCUAUGCAAACCAAAUCCUCGGGGCAUAGGCCUUUGGGGGAUGGGUGGUAUAGGCAAGACUACUUUGGCUCGCGCCAUUUUCAAUCGGUGCUUUUAUCAAUUUAAAAGUCGUUGCUUUCUUGAAAAUGUUAGAGAAAAUUCACAGAAAUAUGGACUGCCUCAUCUAGAAAUCAAAUUGUUUUCAAUGCUAUUGGAUCAAAGAAAUCUGGAAACAGUUGACCACUUUGUGAGAAAUAGACUCGUAGGUAAAAAAGUACUCAUUGUUCUUGAUGAUAUUGAUGAUAUAGACCAGCUGGAGAAAUUGGUUGGAGAUGGUAGUUGGGUUGGUGAAGGAAGUAAAAUCAUCAUAACGACAAGAGACAAACAAGUUAUUUUGAGCGCUGACAAGGAAGUAUAUGAAGUUAAACAAUUAGAUUUUGAGAAAGCACUUCAACUCUUUCAGUUCAGUGCCUUUAGAGCAAAGCCUUCCAUGACAUUUUUGGAGCUGUCAAGAGCGUUAGUAAAUUAUACUGGAUGCAAUCCGCUAGCUCUUAAAGUUUUAGGUUCCUCCCUUCGUUCCCAAACCGUAGAAUAUUGGGUUAAUACAUUGAACAAACUUAAAUCAAUUCCCGAUCCAAAAAUUCAAAAGGUGUUGAAAAUAAGUUAUGAUGGGCUAGAUGAUAAGCAACAAGAUAUUCUCCUUGAUAUUGCAUGUUUUCUUAGAGGGGAGACAAGAGAUUUUACAGAAAGCAUACUAAAUGAUUGUGAUUUGUUUGCAAGUUCGGGGAUUGAAAUUCUCAUAAACAAGUCUCUCAUAACCAUUAUUGAGGGCAAAGUUUGGAUGCAUGAUUUGAUACAAGAGAUGGGUUGGGAAAUUGUUCGCCAACAAUCUAUUAAAGAUCCUGGUGAGCGUAACCGGAUGUGGAUUCCUCAAGACGUCUAUAAUGUUCUAGAAAACAACAUGGGAACUAGAGCAAUCGAAGGAAUAUACCUUGACAUGUCUAAGAUUGAUGAUGAUCUACACUUGGAACCUACGGUUUUCAACAAGAUGCAUAGACUGAGAUUGCUCAAGAUAUACAUUGCAAAUCAUUCCUAUCAUCAUAAAUUCAAAGUAUAUCUUACUCAAGGUCUGCAGUUUCUUCCUCCUUCCCUAAGAUAUCUUUGCUGGUAUAACUAUCCAUUAAAAUCUUUGCCAUCAAAUUAUAAGGGGAAAAAUCUUGUUGAACUUGACAUGCCCUGUAGCGAGCUUACGCAACUUUGGAGUGGUGUACAGAAUCUUGGAAAUUUGAAGUGUAUUAAUCUUGGUUAUUCCAAGCAACUGAUUAAACUUCCAGAUCUAUCUCGAGCUCCAAAGCUAGAAAGUAUUAAUCUUGAGGGUUGUAUAAAUUUAGUUGAAGUUCCUUCACUUAAUUUCCAAGGAUGUUUUGGAUCUCUUACAUUACAUGGCUGUACUAAGAUUAAGUCUUUUCCAAUGAUAUCGGGGAAUAUCAAGUACUUGAAUUUAGACAGGACUGGAAUAAAAGAAUUGCCCUUAUCAAUUGGGCGUUUAGAAAGUCUUGUGGAAUUGAGCCUCAGUGGUUGUCAACAUAUCAAGAAUCUUCCAGCAGCUCUUCCGAGUAAUAUACAAGUUUUAAAUUUGAGCGACUUGUCAAUAAAACAAGUGCCAUCAAUUGGGUCUUUUGAAAAUCUUGUGGAAUUGAGCCUCAGUGGUUGUCAACAUAUCAAGCAUCUUCAAAUAGGUCUUCCGAGAAAUCUAGAUAUAUUGAAUUUGCGAGACUCAUCAAUAGAACAAUUGUCUUCACCUUCAAUUGAGGGUCUUGAUUGUCUGAGGAUAUUUUUUCUUGGAGGAUGCAAAAAGCUCCGGAGUCUCCCAACCAAUAUUUUUAAAUCCAAAUCUCUUCAAACCCUUGAACUUGGCGAUUGUUCGAGAUUGAAAAAAUUCACAGGGAUCCAAGUGUUAAGCAACUCAAUUGUAAUUGAAAAGUUUUUUGGGCUCCGUCGUCAAGAUAUGAGUUGGCGCAGAAAACUCGAGUUUGUCCCAAAAUGGAUUUAUUAUUUAAGUUGUAUAAAAUUCUUGUCUCGCCGUGGGUGUUUGGAACCUGAACAUCUCCAAAGGAAGCAAUUUUUUUUGUUCUCCUUAAACCGGCUAGAUCUAAGUAACUGCAAUAUUGUAGAAAUUCCAGUUUGGCUGAGCCUUUUAUCCUCGUUAACUUGGUUAGAUCUAAGCGGGAACCCAUUUGAGAAUAUACCUUCAAGCAUCAUACAACUUCAUCGGCUAAAAUGGCUCAUCAUUAAAAAUUGCAAGAAGCUCCGAUCUUUGCCACAACUUCCAUCGUCUGUUAUAGUUAUUAAUGCAAGGGGAUGUACUUCUCUGGAGACAAUAUCAAGUUUGGCGUGGUGUGGAUUCAACACACGGCGUGUGACUUACCCUUUCAUUACAUUUGAGUUCCAAAAGUGCUGGAAACUAGGACGGAAUGCACGCAACAUUUUAGGUGAUGUCUUAUACAGAGUUGUUAAAUUGAAAUUGGAAGGAAGGCGUCAUACAAUUACAGUAUGUUAUCCGGGAAAUGAAAUUCCAAAGUGGUUCAGGCAUCAAGACGAGGGGAUUUCAACAACUAUGAAGCUUCCCUGUGGUUGGCAUAAUUCUAAUUUGAUGGGUUUUGCCAUUUGCAUUGUUGCUCCAAUAAUCCCACCAGGCGCAGGCUCCUAUUCUUCUCCUAUAGAAAUUAAGUUUGACUUACAUCUUAAAACUAACUGCGGUCAAAUCCACAAAUAUCACAAGUACGGUAAUUGGGUGAUCCACAGUGAUGAGGAGGAGGAGGCUAAAAUCACAAGUAGUGAUAUUAGUUCGGACCAUGUGUUCAUGCAAUACGACUCUAACAACUUGUUCAACAAACAUCCUGAUGUAAUGGAGGCAUCAUUCUAUUUCGAAUCUAGAGAUUUGUGGCAAAAGAGAAAUUGUGAUUCGACUGUGAAAAGGAUUGGAGUUGGGUUGGUAUAUGCAUGCAAAUGAUUGAUUAUGUGAUUGAGGAGGAGGAAUCAGCUGAACAGCCAAAGUUGAUUAUUGAUUAUGUGAUUGAAACAUACGCACCUAAAGUUGGAGUCGGACAUUGAGGAUCUGUUCAUGUUGUUUUGAUGUUUAACACUCAGGACACUUGUAUAAAUAAAAGGAAAUAAAGGUGAAAGGGCAAACUUGAAAUCUGAAGUUGGAGGGAAUGUUUUCAGCAUUUUUAAGGAUUCAUAGGUACUUUAAAUGUUACCACACCUCUUUCUCUUUCCCGUCUUUAUGUGUUGGCACUUUUCAAAGUUUUCAUGGUUCAAACUAUGAUAGUUGGUUCGGGUACAAUAUUUUUUUCUCACA